UAUUUUUUCUCGGUCUCCUUCCUCCUCUUUUUCUCGAGUAGAGAAUCUCAGGCGCUUGUUGUAUCGAACCAACAGAUCCACGUCUCGUUCCUUCACCGAUCUCAUUCCCACGGUCGGUGGAUCGGUUCCCUCCUCGCUCGCGUGAAUCGGGAUCGUCAAGACCGUCGCCUGCGCAGAUAGUUUGUAGAGGCAGUAUUGAAUAAGCGUUCCUGUAAGCCUAAUUGUUCUAGUCCUCUAAAGAUCAUGAAGAAAGCUUUUGAUCAAACUGUUCGUGAUCUGAAAAGAGGAGUAAAUAAGAACGUUCUGAAGGUUCCUAGUAUAGAGCAGAAGAUUCUCGAUGCAACCAGCAAUGAGCCCUGGGGACCCCAUGGAUCACUUCUGGCAGAUAUUGCACAAGCAUCGAGGAACUAUCAUGAAUACCAGAUGAUCAUGAAUGUAAUAUGGAAGAGGAUCAAUGAUACUGGAAAAAACUGGCGGCAUGUUUACAAGGCAUUGACUGUUUUGGAGUACCUAGUUGGAAAUGGAUCUGAGCGAGUAAUUGACGACAUGAGGGAGCAUGCUUACCAGAUAUCGACUUUAUCCGAGUUCCAGUACAUUGAUUCAAGUGGAAGAGAUCAGGGAAAUAAUGUUAGAAGGAAAUCUCAAACCCUCGUAGCUCUAAUUAAUGAUAAAGAAAGGAUACAGGAAGUUAGGCAAAAAGCAGCAGCUAACCGGGACAAAUUUCAAAGUACACAUUCAAGUAGGCCUGGUUCAUAUCCAAGCCCAAGGCGUUAUGGUGAUCGUUAUGAUGAUGAUCAUUAUGAUAGUCGUUAUGCUAGUAGAGAUGAUGACCGGUAUGGUAAUCAGAAGGAACGCAAUUGGGGUUACAAAGAUGAUGAUAGAAGUGGCAGGGUUAGCGAUCCAUAUGGUCGAGAGGAAGAUCGUUAUGGUAGGUACUCUGAUGAACAUUAUGGAAGAGAUGGUUAUAAGGAUGAUGAGCAUAGAGGAGGUCAGGAAGGUGAUUAUGGUUCAAGAAAUACAGGUAGAAACCGUUCCUUUGAUGAUGAUGACCGCAGUGUGGGUGGCAGAGUUGACCAUGUUCCUCGGGAUGAAAGAGAGCUGGACCGCAGACUUUCUGAGCAGAGUAGUGGUGCACCACCAAGCUAUGAAGAAGCCACAAGAGAUGUCCACAACCAUGUGCAAGAAGAUAGAAAUAUCAGUGGAGUUAAAGCAGCUGCACCAACAGCACCUUCUUCUUCUGUACCAAGCACAAACUCUCCUCCACAAACUCUGAAGCAGGGUUCACCACCUGUGCCAGCAGCUAGCUCCACUGUCAAAAUUGAAAACCAUGGUUCAGGCAAUGUUUCAUCUGCUCUAUCUAAACAAACAAACAACAGUAAUAGCAAUGGUUUUGAUGAGUUUGAUCCACGAGGUUCGGCAUCAGCUGCUCCACCUGCUGCAAAUAAUCCUGAGAUGGACUUAUUUGGAUCAUCAUCAGAUUCAAUUUAUUCGCUUGCUUUGGUACCCUUGACAACAAUGAACACUGAACUUGAAACUGAUGUGCCAGAAAAUUCAGAUUUUGGAGCAGGUUUUGCUGCCAAAUCAUCAGUGCCUGCUGGAUUGAAUCAGUCUAGUGAAGAUCCCUUCGGAGGUGCUCCUUUUAGAGCUACUCAAGAAAGCUUUCCAAGUCAGCAACAUAGUUUUGCUCCCGUCGCAACCAUUAAUUCUUCAAUUUCAACUGGAGGAGCUGAAAUACUCGCAUCUACUAGAAGUUUUGACUUUGAUGGUUCAUUUGGUGGCAUUGCCUAUAAUCAUAUACCAAAUGAUCAGCACAAUGAUUUUGCAAACACCGCGAAUGUGACUUCCGAUGCCCUUGCACCCCAGCCAAGAAAUGAUAUGUCAAAUAUGUUUGGCCCCCAAACAGGAGGAACAACCUUUGUUCCUUAUAUUCAGGAAGCUCAACCUGUUGCACCGAUUCAUAUACAAGCCAACCACUUGACACAGGCUGGUGUUCCUUUUCCAUCACAGGCAACUCCAGUGGCUACUGGUAUUGUUCGCCCUGCUGCUCCUGUAAAUAUGCAGACCAACCAGUCGAAUAUUGUUUUACAACCGGGUUGGCAUACGCCCAUUACUCCAGAAGUUUCAGCUACGACAUCAGCAUCUCCAUCGAAGGACAAGCUUGUGAAAUCAACAGUUUGGGCUGACACAUUGAGUAAAGGCCUAGUCAAUCUGAAUAUAUCAGGACCGAAAAUCAAUCCUCAUGCUGAUAUUGGUGUAGAUUUUGCAUCUAUAAACCGAAAAGAUAAAUGGAAAGAAGAAAAAAAGACUUAUGCUGCUCCACUAGCUACUGCAACCAUGGGUAAAGCUAUGGGAUCUGGUUCUGGCAUUGGGCGAGCAGGUGCAAGUGCUCUCGCAGCCCCGUUGAACCCCAUGGUUGGCCCGGGCAUGGGUUUCGGAAUGGGAAUGGGUAGUAGCGGUGCUAUGGGAAGGGGAACAGGAUUUGGAAUGGGAAUGGCAGGCUAUGGUCAACCAAUGGGGACGGCGAACAUGGGAAUGAAUCAGGGAAUUCCUCCACAUCCUGUUGCACGAGCUCCUGGUGGAGGAUACAACCCCAUGACGAUGAGCAAUUAUGGUUCUCAGCAAGCAUAUGGAGGAGGAUACAUGUAAAGAAUACACCAAUUCUUGAGUGUGAGUUAUAUAUAUAUAUCGAGUUGACUCCCUAAGUGUAUUUGGGCUAUUUCAAUCAAGGAGGUAUAGAAGGAUCUUGGUGCUUCAAACGUUACGAACGGUCUUGCUGUACAUUGCUGAUGACUCGGGAUCGGAUUUACCCUUGUGAAUUUUUGGCUUGAGAUUUGUUUUAGCACUUGUGCUUAUAAAAUAAAGUUUCAUUGUUCUUUA